GGCGUCCAUAAUUCUAAUGUCUUAAAUAUGCUGUGCUUAAUAGGCACUAUUUUAGAUGUCUGCUUUAUGUCUAACAUAUACUGUUUUUUAUUAAAAAAAUGGGCCCACUGUUAUAUUUAAAAAUGAUAGAAUGUUGUAUUACAAAAGAAAGAUAUAAUCUUGGUGAAAUACAAAAGAAUAUUCUUAACGCUAAGUUAUAAGUUUUAUGGUUUUGUACCUUGAACAAUUGCCAAAUGUACUUCGUAGGUCCAUCCAAUUCAAUAAAUGUACUAAACAAACCAGAAUGAAGGAAACCAACUGUAUGAAUCGCUGUUAGGUGGGGUAGUUUUAUAUCACUCAACGCGCUAAAAAUAAUUUCAAGAACAAAGUGUAGGUUCAGAUGCACUUUAGGUUAAGCCUUACAGUGUGUUCCGAAUUAGUUUUAUGAUUAUUCAUUUAAAUGUUCUUCAAGCUCAUUCCAAUAAACAAAACGUUUAGAUUGAGACACAUGGUACUACCAAAGUUGUUGACUUCUGUUCGAAUUGAACUCGCUAAAUUCAUUAAGACAUCUCUGCACUCGAGUAACAUUUUAGGCCUUCUUGACAAAGUCCCUGAAGGGAACAGAUAUGAAUAUAAAAGAAAGAGAAAGUUGAGGGUUCAAUUAAAAAAAUUAUUCAGUUUAUCUUCAAUGAAAUCCUUCUCUGCUCUCGCUGUAUUGCUCCUCGUCUGUGUCUUUGCACUUGUCCAAGUAUGGGCUGCCCCCGCUGAAGAAGCUGGUACUAAUGCUGCUGUUACUGAUAGUUCUGUUGCUGAUGUGUCUGCUCAAGAACAAGCAGUCAAGGAUUGGUAUGCGGCCUAUCAACAAUACGCUCAACAUUAUGCUCAACAAUAUGCUCGUCGUCCCUUGGCUGCUCGUGAUGUUGUUCCUGUUCGUGCUGCACCUUGGACUCCCCCUUAUCCACCUCCACCUACCUUCCCACCUUAUCCACCUCCACCUACUUUCCCUCCUUAUCCUCCCCCACCUACUUUCCCACCUUUCCCUCCCGGUCGUGGUCGCUAA